CAGGAAGCAGCGCGCCCACAGUCCCAGCCCGAGCAGCAGCCAGGCCAUCGGCUCACAAUGAGCCAGUGCUCUGUUCUCUCGUCCUCACACCUCAUCCUCGUAUACCUCACUCUCCUGGCCCUCGUGAUGGUGUUGGAGGUCCAGUACACACUCGACGCGAAGCUGCCCAUGGACAUCCUCCCCCGCGGCAACCGAAACCGACGUCGGAUCCUGAAAUCUGCCGAAGGGGAAGUCGGACCGACAAAUGUCGAGGCCGGAGUGACUGUCGGUCCGAAAACACUUUCUCAGAAUGACAGCGAGUUUGAUAGUGAGCUCAUGGAAUAUUCGCCCCGCGUGAGUUACUACGACGUCCUGGGUAGCACCGAAGUUCCGAGAGUGGGCAUUUCACGAAAGAGUGAGUUCGGGGCGUCGUCCUCAGGUAGCCAGCGAUCUCCACCCUUGAGAGAAGCAAGCCCAUUGCCAUCCUCCAAGCCCCAGAAGAACAUCAAAGUGUCACCGGAAGUAAAUGCCUUCGACGACCUGGUUGACCUGCUGACGGCUUCGAAGACCCACUGCCUCGUAGACGAAGCCAAAGGGCGCCGCGGCAAGCACUCGUACCGCUGCUCCGUUCAGAAGCAACGCGACUGUCGACAGAGACUCCUCAAAGGCAAGCAGAAGAAGCAGUAUUCGAGGAAGUGCAUCAGCGGUAACAGAGCCAGACGAAAGUACAAGCCAAGUUACGAAGUGAAUCCCUUGUCGUACAAGUGGGACGGAGAUACAGCUUUCACUUCCAACACCAUACGAGGGUCAUGGGAUGAGGGAGAAGCAGGAGGUGCGACGAAGUACAGUAUAACAGUGGAUGCAGAUUACACUUUCAUGGAGGAGAUUAAGAAACUUAAGUUCUCGCCCCUCAUCACCUUUGACACCAAAUUCGACCUUGCCGGACUUAAUUCUUUGCACAAGUACGAAGUCGUGUGGAAACUCCUGCAGGUG